UGGGCUAGCUCAACUCAGCGCUAACUGCUGCCUACCCUGUUGUGUGCUCAACACGGGAUAUCGCCCAGAGGGAAGCCGCUGAACCAUGUUGUGUUCCCUGCUGCCGGGCUGCGUCCACCUCCUGAUCCUCUUAAGUUUGGGCAGCGAGUCCCUGUCCAGGGAAGUUUGUUCGGGUUUUGAAAACAAACUAAAUUUGCUGGCAAAUGAGGAUAACCAUUACAACAGUCUUCGCAGAACCUACAGUGGUUGUGAAGUCGUGAUGGGCAAUCUAGAGAUAACCUUUGUGCAACCACACCAUGAUGUGUCGUUCCUUAAGAGUAUUCAGGAAGUUUCAGGUUACGUCCUCAUAGGCCUCAACAAAAUUUCAAGUAUCCCACUGGAGAAUCUUAGGAUCAUCCGGGGUCACCGGCUUUAUGAAGACAAAUAUGCCCUUGUUAUUUUGUCAAACAAUGAUCAGGAAAGGAAAUUUGGACUUACUGAGUUACUAUUGAGAAAUCUUACAGAAAUUUUAUCUGGCAGUGUGACUAUCAUUUCUAACCCACACCUUUGUUACAUGCAAUCCAUUCAAUGGGAUGACAUUUUGGACAAAAGCAUGUUGCCUGAAAUGGCAAUAAACUUCACUGCAAAAAAUUGUUCAAAAUGUCACCCAGAUUGUCAAGAUGGAGCCUGCUGGGGUCCAGGUUUAGAGAACUGUCAGAAAUUCACAAAGAAAAUCUGUGCUCAGCAGUGUUCAGGUCGAUGUAGAGGUCAAAACCCUAGCGACUGCUGCCACACUCAGUGUGCUGCUGGAUGCACUGGACCUAGAGAAUACGAUUGCCUGGCAUGUCAGAGGUUCAGAGAUGGAGAUACCUGCAAAGAAUCAUGUCCCCGUUUGGAAGUCUACGAUACACGCACGUAUCAACUGAAACCUAAUCCAGAUGGGAAAUACAGUUUUGGAGCAACCUGUGUGAAGAAGUGUCCCCAUAACUAUGUGGUAACAGACCUCGGCUCUUGUGUUCGAACCUGCAGCCCUCGUACAUAUGAGGUAGAUGAAGGAGACCAGAGAAAGUGUAAAAAAUGUGAUGGACCUUGUCCAAAAGAGUGCAGUGGAUUAGGAACAUCAGCAUUGAAGGAUACAAUCUCGAUCAAUUCUUCAAAUAUUGACUCAUUUAAAAACUGUACCAAAAUUAAUGGAAAUGUCAUCUUUUUAUCAGUGGCUUUCAAAGGUGAUUCCUUCACAAAUACAACUCCUAUGCCUCCAGAAAAACUGGAAGUCUUCAGAACAGUGAAAGAAAUAACAGGGUAUUUGUUUAUUCAAAAUUGGCCAGACAAGUUUAAGAAUCUUCAGGUUUUUGAAAAUCUUGAAAUUAUACGAGGUCGAACACAACAUCGUAGCAGCAUAUCACUUGCUUUGGUGAACCUGAACAUCACUUCUCUGGGAUUGCGUUCACUCAAGGAGAUUAGUGAUGGUCAAGUAAGCAUCAUCAAUAACUCGAAACUCUGCUACGUUGAUACCAUACAAUGGAACAAGCUUUUCAAAUCAAGCAGACAAUCCUUGAAAAUAUUACACAAUAGACCAAAGGGACAAUGCAUUGCUGAAAAUAAAGCCUGCCAUCCGCUGUGUUCGGACAAUGGCUGCUGGGGCCCUGGACCUUCUCAGUGUUUCUCCUGUCGGCAUUAUGAACGUGGAAGUGAGUGUGUUGAGAAGUGCAACAUCUAUGAAGGGGAGAUAAGAGAGUAUGAGAAUCGAAGCAAGUGCAUCGAGUGUGACGCAGAAUGUAAACCUCAGAAUGGGUCUGUAACCUGCACUAGUUCUGGCAAUGAGAACUGUGUAGAAUGUGCCAAUGUUAAAGAUGGCCCACGCUGUGUAAGCAGUUGUCCCUCUGGAAUUACAGGAGAAAAUAAUACCUUGGUUUGGAAGUACACUGAUGAGAAUAAACAUUGUCAGCUGUGUCACCCAAAUUGUACCCAAGAAUGCAAGGGACCAAGACUUGAGGAUUGUGAACCUGUUGGGUCUCGCAUUCCAUCCAUUGCUGCUGGAAUUGUCAGUGGCCUUCUUGGGUUGGUCAUGGUGGCCUUAUUGAUUGCGAUAUGCAUGAGGAGAAGACAUGUCAGAAAGAAGCGUACCUUGCGACGUUUGUUGCAGGAGCGAGAGCUGGUUGAGCCCCUAACCCCGAGUGGAGCUGCUCCAAAUCAGGCCCUUCUAAGGAUUCUUAAAGAGACAGAAUUCAAGAAAAUUAAAGUGCUUGGCUCUGGAGCAUUCGGCACUGUGUAUAAGGGCUUGUGGAAUCCAGAGGGAGAAAAUGUCAAGAUCCCUGUUGCCAUUAAAGUGUUGAGAGAAGCAACUUCCCCAAAAGCUAAUAAAGAAAUCCUUGAUGAAGCGUAUGUAAUGGCAAGUGUCGACCAUCCCCACGUCUGCCGACUCCUGGGUAUCUGUCUCACUUCGACAGUACAACUCGUCACACAGUUGAUGCCUUUUGGCUGUCUGUUGGACUAUAUUCGAGAAAACAAAGAACAUAUUGGUUCCCAGUAUCUUCUCAACUGGUGUGUGCAGAUAGCAAAGGGAAUGAGCUAUUUGGAAGAGCGAAGGUUGGUACAUCGGGACUUGGCAGCAAGGAAUGUUCUGGUAAAGACACCACAUCACAUUAAAAUUACAGACUUUGGACUUGCCAGGCUCCUGGAUGUGGAUGAAAAGGAAUACCAUGAAGAUGGUGGAAAAUUACCCAUCAAAUGGAUGGCACUGGAGUCGAUCCUCCAAAGGACGUUUACCCAUCAGAGUGACAUCUGGAGUUAUGGUGUGACCGUUUGGGAGCUAAUGACAUUUGGGUCUAAGCCUUAUGAUGGAAUUCCUGCCUGUGAAAUCCCAUCUAUCUUGGAGAAAGGAGAACGUUUGCCACAGCCUCCAAUCUGUACAAUUGAUGUAUACAUGAUCAUGGUUAAAUGUUGGAUGAUUGAUGCAGAAAGUCGGCCUAGAUUCCGUGAGCUGACCUCUGAAUUCUCCCGAAUGGCCCGAGAUCCAUCACGCUAUCUUGUAGUUCAGGGUGAUGAUCACAUGCAUCUACCAAGCCCAACAAACUCACGAUUUUAUCGUACAAUAAUGGAGGAAGAAGAAAUGGAAGAUAUUGUGGAUGCCGACGACUAUCUUGUUCCUCAUCCAGGAUUCUUCAAUAGUCCUUCCACAUCAAGGACACCCUUAUGUCCAUCAGUGAGUGUGACAAGCAACAACUCAUCAACAUUAAUUCCCAGAAAUGGCCAUGAAGGAAUGCCCAAGAGAGAAGACAGUGAAAUUUUACGCUAUAGCUCUGAUCCAACAAUGCCCCCAGAUCAUGUUGACAUAAAUGGAUGUUUCCAACCAGCCCCAGAAUACGUCAACCAAAUUGGGGAUAAGCCACUUCCUAACACCUUGAGAAGCCCAGCCUCUGAUAUGGAAAACCCAGGCUACCAAGAGCUUUUUAUUCCUGUCAACCAGAAUGGCAGGCUUCACGAUUCCAGUGAACCACUGAGCCCAUUCCCUGACACAGUGAAAAACCCGGAGUAUGUGAAUACCUUCCAACCCAGUAACAAAGUAGUUCUUGAGCAUCCAAAUCACUGGGACCAGAAUAUAACCCGCAAUGUAAGCCUGGACAAUCCUGAGUACCAGCAGAAUCUUUUUCCAAAACGUACAAAGGUGAAUGGUCACAUUUUUAACACUGCAGCUGAGAAUCCAGAGUAUCUUGGUGUUGUGGUGCCACCUACAGGUCAAAAGAAUUCUACAGUAUGACAUUCUACAAAUAUGACAAUUUUUCCACAACAACUGAUGACCCAACUGAGUGGUGACUUUGAGGUGCAUCUAUGCUUGGGUACGGUUACAAUUAUUUCUAAGGAUGAGACUGGGACAACAAAACAAUGUGAAUAUUUUCUCCUAACUAAAACAAGUCAUUAAGAUAUUACUGGUGAUGGAACUUUACUUUGACAAUUUAAGUUAGGUUUAAGCAACUUAGAAAUGAAAUAGAUUAUAGUUUUGUUGAGUAGCAUUCCAGUUUUGUUUUUAUCAUUAAAUUGCAUCUUUGAUACGUGUGUGGAUAAUGUAUAAAGUUUUAAGUAGAAUCACUUUUUUCUCAGACUUCAGAAACCCUUGUCAGGGUUUUGAUUCACAAUAUCCCCUCCAUAUAGCUGGAUGUAAUCUUAUCAUCACAAUGCGUGCAUAUUUAUAUUAUGCAAGUAAUUUAGAUUUUAAAGCUUUUAAAACCUUUUAUCUUAGUAUUUCCAAGAAAAUAUUAAAUUUAGUGUCCAAGCAAUAUGUAUGGUUAUGUGAUAUGGAUGUUAAUAUCCAGAUAAACAGGCACUAGAAUCGCACUGUGCUGGCUAUCAUUGUGAGAAAUAACGAAGAUGGUCAAAAUGUGAAAUGAACAAAGUAUCAGCAAUGUGUUUCCUUGUAUGUUACACAAGCUAAUUUUUCCUAUUGAUUUGCUUAGACUCUAUCUUCAAACUGACUCUAAUCUUCAUGAUGUUUCAGUUUGCUUGCUGUAUUACCUUUGCUGACUCAAUUUGCUUUAUUGAUAACUAUUUGAGUAUUGCCUAUAACUGUGAUUAAGUACAACAUUAACUUAAACUUCUACUGUUUUGUCCCUCAGUGCCUCCACCUUCCCAAACAUAAAAGGAAAAGAAACCUACCCCUUUAGUCUGCGUUACUUCAAGUCAAUAUUAUGACCUUCAAGUUUAUUUUUUUGUUGCCCAAUUCCUCAUUGCAAGGUCAUGACUUGGGGGCAGGGUUCUGAAACGUAGCAGUUGAUUAUUAAUUAUCAUCGUUCACAGAACCGUUACACCACUGAAGUAGGCCAUUCGCCCCAUCAGUACCUGCACCAGUUCUAGAUUAAAUCAAAUUUAUUAAUGCAGAAACAGUAAAAUACUUCAGGUACUCAUAGUCUGAAAUAAAAACAUGAGAUAGUGGAAACACAAUGCAUGUCAGAGAGUAUCUGUGUAGAGAAAAUAAGUGUUCGCUAUCUUCACAAGUCUUCUGACCCUUCAUCAAAACCUUUAACUCCUUUCUUUCUUGAUCGGCACAGAUGCUGCUUGACCUAUUGAGUAUUUCCAAUUUUAUUUUUUAAAUAGGUACCACUUUUUAUCUAUGAUUAAUCCAUAGAGUAGUUUUAGAAUCAAAAGAGGAGAACUAAAAUAUUGUAUGAAUCUACCUAUUUUUAAACCUAUUAAUUAUUUACUACUAAUUCAAUGUGAUACAUUCUUCUCAAAUUCACGUCUGAAUAUCUUCAUUGAUCACUAUGACAAAUACCUGAAAGUAUUGGACAAGAUUCAAUACCCAAUUUAUAGCCAUAGGCUAAUAUUGAUGCCACAAUUAAGACCUGUAUCACUGAUGAGAUAUCCAAAUUUAAUGGGUACCAUUUUCUUAAAGCCUGUAAAUUUUAAAUGUAAUGGAACCUUUUCAUCAACAAAUUAUGUUGCAAUGCCUCCUUUCUCUUCCUGGGUCAGGAUGCUCCAGGUGCUGAUUGCAAAAAUCAAAUAUGUCCUUUCUUUUAUCUUUUCACCAUUAACUUUUUCUCAGAAUCAUUGUGCACCUAUCUUCAACAGUCUGCAGCUGUUGCAGAACAUUGCUGGGAGUCAUUUGAAAAUCGUUGUAAAUGUUUUGAGCAACAGAAAAUCUCAAAUAAUUGGGACUACUUGUUAAAUGAUUCCAGGUGACUAGCAGGCACAUACACAAUGGGCCAAAUGGCCUCCUCCUAUGGUGUAACUUUCCAUGAUUCUAUAAGCAGUGAGACAAAUGAUCCUCCCUAUCUUGAAUAAUGUCAGGAUAUUCAAAUAAUUGUGCUAAGGUUAAUAAUAAAAAUGGUCAAUAUUUAACAUUUAAAUAAAUCAGAAUGUAGGUCUCUGUGGACUUUUCUUUUCAUGGAAAUGGGAAGGAGGGUUCGGGAUCCAAGUAUCUCUCUAGGAUCAACUUGUCCAAUUAUUUCCCCUUCUCACCACCACACUAAUUAAGUCCUAACACAGUGUGGAGCUGGAGAAUCACAGCAGGCCAGGCAGCAUCAGAGGAGCAGGAAAGUUGACAUUUCGGUUUGAGACCCUUCUUCAGAAAUUCUUCAGACCUUCCUCUAGCUCCACACUGUUAUCUCUGACUCCAGCAUCGGCAAUUCUUACUUUCACUGAUUAAGUCCUGGUCUAUUGGGGAUUCUCUUGACUGACCAACAUUUAAGUCCCAUAAGUGGUCAAUUAAUUGUUGAUAAUGGCCUCAACUCACAACCAAUUCUGCUUUAUGCACUGAUCUCACAGAAUGCAUGAUUUCUUUGCCCCGGUUUCUCAAUCCGGGGAAAGGCCUGUCACUGAUUAUUAAGAACAUACAUCAGAACAAAGAAUGCCAUUCAGUCCCUCUAAUCCAACAACAUCAUGACUUCCUCCAUGCCAGCUCCUCAUAGUCCUCACUUCCUCAAUAUUUCACAAAUCUAUCUACCCACUCUUUAGAUGCUUUCAGGGAUCUAGCCUCCACAACACUCUGGGGUAGAGAAUUCCAGACAUGCACUAUACUCUGAGAGAAGAAAUUCCUUUGCUUUUAAGUUUAAGUCAAUGUCUCUUUAUUCUGUAAUUAUGUCCCCUAGUUCGAGAUUGCCCCACUAGUGGAAGUAUGUUCUCAACAUCUUUCCUGUCAAGCCAGCUCAGAAUUUUGUAUGUUACAAUAAGAACUCUCCUCAAUCUUCAAAAUUGAAUAAAGAUCAAAUGUAUUUAUCCAUUUUUGGUUAGUCAACCCCUUCAUCCCAAGAAAUCAGCCGAGAGAAUCUCUUUUGAACUGCCUCCAUUAUCAAUAUAUCCUUUCUUAACUAUAGGAGCCAAAACACAGUA